AUGCUGAAAUUAAGAAAAGCAAUGGUAACUGAUAUCCCAAAACUGGCUAGUGAACUUUCUGAAACAUUCAUGGCAGUGACUGAGAGUAGAAGGAAAUUUGCAGUCUUAACUGGAAUUUCAGCAGAUGAAAGUUUCAGUGAAAAGUUCUCAAAUUUCUCAAAGUGUUUGGAAGAGCUGAGCACAAAAGCUCCAAUUUUGAAAGUGAGAUUCAACUAUGUGAAUCUCCUGCACAUAAAAUUCUAUUUUGCACAUUUUAAGCAAGAUACGAUUCUGCAAGAAAGAUCAUAUAACAUGUUUUUACUUCUUGCCGAAAUUGGAGGUACUAUUGGUUUAUAUGUCGGAGCCACUUUACUCACAGUCGCUGAAACUCUUGUAUUUCUAUGUGAAAGAAGAAAGAGCAACAUUUUCUUGAAACCUCAAUUUGUUUAA